AUGCCUUGGGGGGAAGUUGCCUCAGUGGCUAGUCGAGGUGGUCGUCACGUUGGUGGCAGUGGAGAGCAUCAGAGAGGGUCGCCUUCAUCCGUCUCGACAGCUUCCUCCAGGGGCACUAGAGCGAGGUCGCAGGGCGUGGAUGCAGCCACUAUUCGGAAGAAUCUUCUCACGUCUAUGUACAUGGUCGAUUUCGAGGAUUGGAUGGCCGUCCGCCGCACAGGGAAGAAUUCUCAAGGUCGACCUGUGCCUGGUGCCCAAGUUGUGAAGAUUCCUAUGAGUUUUGACAGGAGUGGUAGCAAAGUGCCCUUCCUCGACUCAUCUGCUACUCCUAAGAGCAUCUACCGGGAGGCUAUCGGUGGUUGGUACGGUAGCGCUGACGGAGAUCCCUUUGCGAAGAGCAGACUAAAGGAUCCUAAUGCACCCCGUCCUAUGGCGAGCACUGCGGGUUGCCCGUUCGCUACUGUGAAGGCUCGAAACGGCCUGCCUAGAUGCGACUUCCAUGAAGGAAUUACUUCUUAUCGAGAGUAUAUGGACGUGACGUAUGAGGAGAAUGUGAGGUCGAUCAAGGACAAUAUAAGGGGAAAGAGUCUGCGUCUUAGUCCAACUGGUGUAAAUGAGGAUACGUUCCUAACAGUGCAAGGUGGUGUACCUUGCCAAACACGGUUGAGAUAUAACGAACGCGUUAAGGCAUCCGCUAAACUCUUCGUGGUCAGAGGAAUAACUGUGAAAGAACCUCACGUUAAAUCCUGUAUGAUUCGUCCAUCAAACUUCGUACGGUUUGGGAGGUUCCCUCCAGAAAGCGAUGAUCCACGCCAUGCUCGAACCGUUCUCUCGGUACCAAAAGUGACCCCUGAGGAUCUGAGUCCUGAUGAACAGCUCGACGAGCUCGACGGUGGAACCUCUGCUGUUGUCGAGAAGAUGUGGCACUGCCACAGAAGAAUUCUCUAUGGGAAUAUCAGGGCUAUGUCCACUCUCCUUAACCAUGGGGGAAUGAUAAUAACUUGA